AUGCGCUGCUUGCAGAUGUUAGAAAAGCCCCGCUUUACCAGAAGAAGCGGCGCGUUCGCCUGCUGUUCAAGAAAAAAGGCAUUUCAAAUAACCAAGUCCUUUAUCCCCAUACUGGAAUGGCUACCUAACUACAGAGUGAAGGAAUGGCUAAUUAGUGAUAUCAUCUCUGGUAUCAGUACAGGGCUUGUAGCUACUUUACAAGGUUUGGCAUAUGCUUUACUGGUUGCUGUUCCUGUUGGAUAUGGUCUCUACUCUGCCUUUUUUCCUAUCCUGACAUACUUUUUCCUGGGAACAUCAAGGCACAUCUCAGUUGGACCUUUUCCUGUGGUCAGUUUGAUGGUGGGAUCUGUUGUGCUGAGCAUGGCACCUGAUGAAAAUUUCCUCCUAGUUAGCAGUAAUACCACAGGGCUUAACAAAACACUGAUAGACACUGAAUCCAGAGAUGCACAGAGAGUAUUAAUUGCCAGUACUGUCACGUUUCUGGUUGGAAUUAUACAGCUUGUGCUUGGAGCCCUUCAGAUUGGUUUCAUUGUGAGGUACCUUGCGGAUCCACUGGUGGGAGGAUUCACAACUGCAGCUGCUUUUCAAGUGUUUGUUUCACAACUGAAAAUAGUCUUAAAUGUUUCAACCAAAAACUAUAAUGGGAUCCUUUCCAUAAUAUAUACCCUCAUAGAAAUAUUUGAAAGAAUUGGUACCACCAACAUUGCUGAUCUUGUUGCUGGUCUCCUGACCAUUGUUGUCUGCAUGGCAGUUAAAGAAAUAAAUGAUCGAUUCAAACACAAGAUUCCGAUUCCCAUUCCUAUAGAAGUCAUUGUGACGAUAGUAGCCACUGGUAUUUCUUAUGGUGCUGACCUGGAAAAAAAAUACAAUGCAGGCAUUGUGAAAAACAUACCUAGAGGGUUUUUGCCUCCUGUACCUCCAGUUGUCAGCAUGUUUUCACAAAUGGCAGCAGCUGCAUUUUCCAUUGCUGUGGUCGCUUAUGCUAUUGCUGUGUCUGUGGGGAAGGUAUAUGCAACCAAGUAUGAUUAUGCUAUUGAUGGAAACCAGGAGUUUAUUGCCUUUGGGAUCAGCAAUGUGUUUUCAGGAGCUUUUUCCUGUUUUGUUGCUACAACUGCACUUUCACGUACUGCUGUCCAGGAAAGCACUGGUGGAAAAACUCAGGUUGCUGGCCUAAUCUCAGCUGGGAUUGUUAUGAUUGCCAUUGUUGCUCUGGGGAAAUUGCUAGAGCCCUUGCAAAAGUCUGUGUUGGCAGCUGUUGUCAUUGCCAACUUGAAAGGGAUGUUCAUGCAGGUAUGUGAUGUUCCCAGAUUGUGGAGACAGAAUAAGGUGGAUGCUAUGAUCUGGGUUUUCACAUGUGUGGCAUCCAUCAUUCUGGGGCUCGAUUUGGGAUUGCUUGCUGGCCUUGUGUUUGGAUUACUGACAGUUGUGGUGAGAGUUCAGUUUCCUUCUUGGGGUGGCCUUGGGAAUGUUCCUGGCACAGAUCUCUAUAAGAAUGUCAAGGAAUACAAAAAUGUUGUUGAACCACAAGGUGUGAAGAUUCUUCAAUUUUCCAGUCCUAUUUUUUAUGCCAAUAUUGAUGGAUUGAAAAGCAGCCUCAAAUCCACUGUGGGUUUUGAUGCAGUUAGGGUAUACAACAAGAGACUCAAAGCACUAAGAAAGAUACAGAAACUAAUCAAGAAGGGGAAGUUGAAGGCAACUAAGAAUGGUAUCAUCAGUGACUCUGGUGUUGCAAAUGAAGCUUUUGAGCCUGAUGAAGAUCCAGAAGAGUCUGAAGAUCUCGAAAUUCCAACUAGAGAAAUAGAGAUCCAAGUGGACUGGAAUUCAGAGCUCCCAGUCAAAGUGAAUGUUCCCAAAGUGCCCAUCCACAGUUUAAUUUUUGAUUUUGGAGCAGUGUCAUUCUUGGAUGUUGUAGCUGUGAGGUCCAUAAGAACGAUAGUUAAAGAGUUUGAGAGAAUUGAUGUGAGAGUGUACUUUGCAUCACAUCAAGACAGCAUUAUAACAAAGCUGGAACAAUGUGCCUUCUUUGACGAUAACAUCAGAAAAGACAUAUUUUUCCUGACGGUCCAUGACGCUGUGCUCCACAUAAAGAGUCAAAUUAUGUAUAAAGACAUCCAGGAUCCUAUUUUUGAAAAGAUUUCACUCAUGCAAGAAUCUAAAGAACCAAUAGAGUUCACGGAAGCAAGCCGACCUGAAGAUGAACUUGAUGUUCAGGAGGAGGCGAUGCGCAGGCUUGCAUCAUGAAGAAAAAUGGAUGUUGUCAUGCUGUGGACUCGUGAAACUAUGUAUGCAACAACAUUAGACAACCAGUAUCUGAAUUGGGACCAGUCUUUGCAUUUGAAGAAAACACUGAUUUCCUUUUGUGAACUCUACAGAUCUCUAGAAAUGUCUACAUUUUGUCUGUUGACAGAAUACCCUUGAAAUACUCAAAACAUUUAAUCAGAACUCAUUCGCAGAAUCACCCAUUGUUAAAAUUUGGAGGCAGAUCAUCAUAGGUUCUAGAAACUUCAGGAGGCAAGGCUUUGCAUGGGUGACAGCUUCUACUGGAUGAACUGCAUGGUUGGGAUAAACUUAGACAAGCAUUCAAAUGCAAUGUAUUCUUCACAUAGGCAUUGUAUUCAAAAGUCUAUCCCAACAAUGCAGUUGGUUCAAAAGAAGAUAUCACUCACAAAAAUUCUUGCCUUUUGCAUACGUCUUGGACCAUCAUGGCUACAACAUCAUUCCAACAUGACAAAUUGCAGCUAGUUUUAGGGUUGGUGGAUGUAAAUGACCCAAUACUAUGUUGAUACAUAUAGGAAAAAACAGCCACUUGAUGGUAGCAGAACAAAGAGCAAUGGUCUCAAGUUGCAGCAAGUGAAGUUUAGG